AUGGAAGAAACAUUUGUUCCUUUCCGUGGAAUCAAGAAAGAUCUUAAAGGAAGACUACUGUGCUACAAGCAAGACUGGACAGGUGGCAUCCGUGCGGGCAUCAGGAUACUGGCUCCAACAACAUAUAUAUUCUUUGCUUCAGCAAUCCCAGUUAUAUCUUUUGGGGAACAAUUAGAAAGAGACACAGAGGGGAGUCUCACUGCAGUUCAAACGCUAGCAUCAACGGCACUAUGUGGCAUCAUCCACUCUAUAGUUGGAGGACAGCCACUGCUUAUACUAGGUGUGGCUGAGCCAACAGUGCUAAUGUACACAUUUAUGUUCAAGUUUGCAAAAGAUCAAAAGGAUUUAGGACAACCCCUUUUCCUAGCCUGGUCCGGAUGGGUUUGCGUGUGGACGGCCCUUUUGCUGGUCUUGCUAUCCAUUCUUGGUGCCUGCUCCAUUAUCAAUAGAUUCACACGGGUGGCCGGGGAAUUGUUUGGUCUUCUAAUUGCAAUGCUCUUCAUGCAGCAGGCUAUUAAAGGAGUUGUGGAGGAGUUUGGUAUUCCAAAAAGUGAGGAUCCCAAUCAGCCUGCCUUUCAGCCUUCAUGGCGCUUUGGGAAUGGAAUGUUCGCACUCGUUCUGUCUUUCGGCCUUCUUAUUACUGCUUUGAAGAGCCGUAAAGCAAGGUCCUGGCGUUAUGGAACAGGGUGGUUACGGGGAUUCAUUGCUGAUUAUGGUGUUCCUUUUAUGGUGGUUGUUUGGACUGGUGUCUCAUACAUGCCAGUUAAUGAUGUCCCAAAAGGGAUACCAAGGCGGCUUUUCAGUCCGAAUCCAUGGUCUCCUGGUGCAUAUACAAACUGGACUGUUGCAAAGGAAAUGUUGAAUGUGCCUCCUGUAUAUAUUGUUGGAGCUUUUAUUCCAGCAACCAUGAUAGCAGUGCUUUACUAUUUUGAUCACAGUGUUGCAUCUCAGCUUGCGCAACAAAAAGAGUUUAACUUAAAGAAACCUUCUUCCUAUCAUUAUGAUCUCCUUCUUUUGGGUUUUCUGACCAUACUAUGUGGGCUAAUUGGCAUUCCUCCAGCCAAUGGAGUUAUUCCGCAAUCUCCAAUGCACACAAAGAGCUUAGCCACUCUAAAACAUCAGCUUCUACGAAGUAAACUUGUGGACACUGCUCGAAAAAGUAUAAGCAAGAAUUCAAACUUGAGUGAGCUGUAUGAGAACAUGCAACAGGCCUACAACGAAAUGCAGACUCCGCUUGUUUAUCAGAAUCCAUCAAGUCUGGGACUGAAAGAAUUAAAGGAAUCAACAAUAUUACAAGCCUCUAGUAGUGGUUACAUAAAUGCACCAGUUGACGAGACUAUCUUUGAUGUCGAAAAGGAUGUUGAUGAACUUUUGCACGUUGAAGUGAAGGAGCAACGACUUAGCAAUGUGCUACAAGCGUUAAUGGUUGGUGGGUGCGUCGCUGCUAUGCCCGUGCUUAAAAAGAUCCCAACUUCAGUUCUUUGGGGCUACUUUGCUUUUAUGGCCAUUGAAAGUUUGCCCGGCAAUCAAUUCUGGGAGCGGAUAUUAUUACUUUUCACUGCUCCAAGUCGAAGAUACAAGGUCUUGGAAGAUCAUCACGCUACAUUUGUAGAAACUGUACCUUUCAAGACGGUUGCUGCGUUCACAUUGUUUCAGACGGUUUACUUGCUUGCGUGUUUUGGCAUAACGUGGAUCCCAAUAGCCGGCGUUCUUUUCCCACUUUUGAUCAUGCUUCUUGUUCCUGCAAGGCAAUAUUUACUUCCAAAAUUCUUUAAAGGUGUCCAUCUUCAAGAUCUGGAUGCAGCUGAAUAUGAAGAAGCCUCAGCCACACCCUACAAUAUGUCCUUUGGUGAUGACAAUGCUCAUUCAAGAAACCCCCAAGUUGAUAGUGCAGAAGUUCUUGAUGGAAUUGUAACAAGAAGCCGAGGAGAGAUUCGCCACACUAGCAGUCUAAAGGUAACAAGUCUAACCCAAACUCCACUCGAAGAUAUGAAGCCUGUGUGUAGUCCCCGUCUCUCGCAAAGGGUUUACAGUCCACGUUUGACAGAGUUAAGGGUGGCCAAGAGCCCUAAAUCACCUGGAAAAGGGCUAGAAAUCAAGAAAACCCCCACCCCCAGUCUGCACCCAUCUAUCCUUGGUCAAACCAGUAAUGGCUCCUCUUCUUGUUAAGGUAAGCUAAUUGGUGCUAAGAGGUUGUGUGCUUGUGUUUUAAUCAUGGUUUUGUAGGAUCUCUGUUUCUUUGAAAUGUAUUGUGGAAAGAGUGUACAUUAUCUCUCCAUUAUCUGUUUUAUUAUAUGUAUGCAUAGGCUGGGCAGAAACCAUAUUAUCAAAUUUAUAAUGGAAUAAAAAG